AUGAAACUACUAAAAUAUCCACUUGCAGGCCAUAACAAGAGGAUUGAAGUGAUGGUUACCAUUGAACCAUGGCUGGUUAUGGUUGAUUGUGAAGGUCACGUGAAUGUGUGGUCUCAGAAGAGAUUUGUUGAUGCUGCAUUCCAUGGAGCUCAAUUGAAAGAUAUGACCGUUGAAUUCCAAUUCCAAGUCGAUUGGGAUCGUGAUGAAGUUGAUAGGAAUAUUGUUUUUUUGGAGGGAGAUUCUGACACUUUGUUUCUGGGUACCGAACAUCGAGUAAUGUGCUACCGAUUCUGGCAGGAUUCAGAGAAAAGAAAUUUGGAAUACGUGUGUCGAUGCGAUUCGCCAUCUACCGUUAAUGAUGUGAAAUACGAUGUAAAGUCUGGUGUUUUAUUAGUUCUGUUGGGUAAUAAAAAUGGGAUUCUUCUAUUUCAAGCGGAUACUUUGGAUAAUGUAGGAACCAUUGAAUUGCCUGAUUCCUGUACGCCUAUUACAUGUGUGAUUGAUCCAAUGGGCCAAAUUUUUACUGUAAUGUGUUCUGAUAGAUCCAUGCUUUUGUACCAAUUCAACGUCCAAGGUUCUUAUAAAUUGAUCAACAAGUUUCUACAAUAUGUGCAAGCGCAUCCAUUACACUACAAAAUUACCAUGCCACCACAGGGUGAUUUGUUGCCAGUGAUUAAUAGCGUGAAAUCAACGAACUCUACUGUACUACUCGAUAGAAAUGAUAAUUUUAAAGUUUCCACAACUCUAGUAUCACCUCCUUCCACUAGAUGCCAAGUGAUGAAAUUUGCACCAGUGGUUUACGAGAAAUUCAAUGCGAAGAAAAACGUUACUACUCGAUAUAAUUUACUGGCGACUUCAGGCUCCAAUGAUGGAUCUGUUGUCGUUUGGAACACUAAACGUGUAAAACCUUUGUUUAACGCAAUACAAGUAUCAGAGUCCCCGAUAAACGAUAUGGUAUGGUCGAGAGAUGGUCUGAUACUCUUUGUCAUAUCUAAUGAUAACACACUUUACACAUUUGCGUUUCAAAGUAAAGAUUUGGGGAAGGCACUUACACAGGAGCAAGUAGUUGAACUACGAUCCAAAAAUAAACAGUUGAAUCCAUUACCAGAUUCCAAUAAUAAUAACAAUAAUAAUAAUAAUAAGGCUUCGUCUCAAGAACAAAGCGCGGUGCCCUCUGUAUCGUCAGCGCCUGUUAAUAUCGCUGCCAAUAAUUCUGGUACCAAUACUACGAUGGUUAAACCAGAAAAUGAAAAGACACUUUUACCAGCACCUGAAUUGGAACCGAAGAAACCUGGUAAAAAGAAGCUGGCACCUCAAACUGUUAAAAAGAUACAGAGUACUUCGAUGGAAUUUAAUGGACCUGCUUAUAUGGUACCCAAGGAUUUGAAGAGGAAACCUAAGCAAGAAGUUAAUAAGGACGUUAAUGGUGUCAAGAAACCCAAAAAAGAAUUGGAACCUAUGGAUUUUCUGGAUACAGGUCUCAUUCUACCAAAUGUUACCUUUUCCAAAGUCAGAUUAGAUACCCCCAAGAUACGAAUGAAUUUUGAGUUUCCUUCCCCUAACAAUCGAAAUUUAAUAUUACAAGUGAAUAAUGGGUUGGGUAAUGAACAAAAGCCCACCAUUGUCACCUUAGUUUCCAAGGCAGAAGAACAGGAAAGGACUUUAUUUCAAGAUUUCGUACCAAAAUUUAUCACAAUAUGCAGCUGUGGAGAUUUCUUCUGGGCCUGUUGUAGUUCUGAUGGUAUCAUUUAUGUUUAUUCUGAUUCUGGGAAAAGAUUGUUACCUCCGCUAUGUUUAGGCGUGCCUUGUAGCUUCUUAGAGGCCUGUUCCAAUUAUCUUUUAUGUGUGACAAGUGCUGGGCAAUUGUACUGCUGGGAUGUGGAAUCCAAAAAGUUACUUUUCCCCGUUAAUACAGUGUAUCCGCUCUUAAACCCAACUUUGCGUUAUUCUGACGACGUUUUGACUAGAGCUGAGAAUAUAACCAUGUGUGCGGUAACCAAGAAUGGUAUCCCCUUAGUGACAUUAAGUAAUGGUGAUGGUUAUAUGUUCGAUAAAGAUAUGGAGACGUGGCUUCUCAUAAGUGAUGGCUGGUGGGCUUAUGGAUCUCAGUAUUGGGACUUGACGAAUACAUCACAUCUAAAUGGUAAGAUCCCACAGAAUAACGAUGAUAAAAGAAAUAAAUUUUGGGACUCUACAGAUGCUGAACAAUUAGCAUCCACUAUACGAGAUGAUCAAACAAGCAUCGUGAAUUUUAUGGAACGUAAGACUAAUGAUGAAUUGAACAGAAAAAAUCGUAUUAAAAAUUUACAAAGAUUUGCUAGGACAAUUUUAAUGAAGGAAGGCUUUGAAAAUAUGGAAGAAAUAGUAACUUUAUCGCAUUUAGAAAAUAGAUUACUAGUAACACUACGAUUGGGGGAAAAUCAAGAAUUUUCUAAAGUUCUAGUGGUCUAUUGUAUCAGAUUAAGUGAGUUAGGCUAUACUGAUCGUUUGGAUGACGUUCUUCAGUGGUUGUACAAUGAUGGUGAUUAUGAUGCAGCUCCACUAGCUGGCAAUUCCAGAAGAGAACUACUCAAGGGAGUAUUAAUGGCGUGUGCAGAUAUCAGACAUGUCCAAAGAGUUACUACAACCUAUGCUAGCGCAUUGGGAAUGGUGAGCGACUCGUUGUAG